GGCGCCCAGGGAGAAAGCCCCUAGGCUCCUACCUAGCGCCUCCCGCCCACCCCCAGCCCGGGCCAGUUCGCGUCGGCGCAGGAGGCGUCUCCGCACCAGCGUCGGAAUUCCCAGGUCGAGAGGGGGAGGGCACUCUGGGCCCCCCCAGCCCAGGAGCGGGGAGGACGCCUCUGCCCCCCUCCCAGCCCAGGAGCGGGGAGGGCGCUCUGGGGUCCCCCCCCAGGCCCAGGAGCGGGGAAGGCGCUUCUGCCCCCCCACCCAGCCCAGGAGCAGGGAGGCGCCUCCGGGCCCCCCACCCGCCGCGCGGGUACUGCAGCAGCCAGGCUCGGAGCAGGCCUUUUCCUCGGCUGCUCGGGGAAACCGGGCUUCCCUGGAUCCAGAAACAGAGCCUCUCCGAAGAACCUGGAACUGGGAGACGUGCUAAUGAGCUGCAGAAACUCAGAUUUUAAAAUGCACAAGUCGCUGGACCGCAUUCCUCAGAGGACGAGCCUGAACGCCCAGGUCUGAGUCGCUGCGUGUGGGCAGGAGCCGGCGGGGCCGCGGUGGGGGCGGGGAGUGGUGCAGCCGGCCUUCUGCUCUGGACCCAGCUGCUCUGGGCUGUGCUGUUGGACACGAGUUUGCGUAGGGGUGUUUUCCUUCUGUCAAUGAUUAGUCUCCGAAUCAGUCUGGUAGAAUUUUAGCAGAGACCUGAAGACGGGCAGAGAACCUAACUCUGAACAGCACUUAGCAUCCAGACUGAGACCAGGGGGAGGGGGACUCGGCGCUGCGGGGAGGAGCCAAAGCCUCUGCUCACCUAAGCGGCGGACAGACUCAUCCCCGGGGGAGAUUAAAAAAAAGCAACACACAGAGAAGUAGUCCAUGCAAGAUCAUUUCCCAUAACAGAAAUUACAAGAAUCCAGAGCUGGACACUACAAAGUAGGACAGAUUUUCUGCAGUUUAAGAAACAACCAUGGAGUUCAGACAAGUGAAGAACUAUUUAUCCUGGCUCUACUAUCAAUACCAAAUAAUUAGCUGUUGUGCUGUCUUAGAGCCCUGGGAACGAUCCAUGUUUAAUACUAUAUUACUUACUAUUUUUGCUAUGGUGGUAUACACUGCCUAUGUUUUUAUUCCAAUCCACAUUCGCCUGGCUUGGGAAUUUUUCUCCAAAAUGUGUGGCUUUCACAAUACAAUUUCUAAUUGAUCUUAUUUGUAUCUUGUGAAUUUGCAUCAUAACUGUACUUGUAUAUCUGACUUAAAACUUAUUAAUUUAGUUGAAUGUGGGGAGGUCACAAUGUGGGGGCUGUGAGCUCCUGUUUGACCCAGCAAUACCACUUCUGGGAAUAUACCUUGGGGAUCCAAAACUUUACUGCCUGACUUGAAAAGCUUCUUUUCUAUGCACUCUUUUACCCUGUCUGCAAUUUGAGAUAGAUGUCUCUUUAGGCUCUUUUGCACAUGCUACAUUGUGUACAUGUUACCUCGCAUACCAUAUUCUCAAAAUUCAAACCUGUGACUUUAAAUUUUAUUUUUAAUCAAGAAAUUUUAUAUAAUUUUUCCGCAGAUUAUAGGAGAACUAUCAGAUCUAUCAUAUCUAAUCUGCUUCUAGAUACCUAUUCAAUACUAAAGGAUAUACUUUUAAAAAAAUGUUUACAGGUUCUUGGCUUUCUAUCAAAAACAUUCCAUCCUUGUUUAUAAUAUGCAAUUAUAUAUAAGAUUUGAAGAUGUUAUAAAGUUCUCCUAAUAUCUUAGUUUGGAUAAAUAGUUAAUAUCCUUGUUGUUGCUGUUUUUCAAAAACAGUAACAAGUCUCACAGUGGAGACACUAACCGGUGCCCGCUUGAGCAAAUCGAUGAACAACAGGAUGACAGUACUACAGUUAAUAUCCUAAGUAAUCUUACUUCCAAUUAAAAUACAUUAGACUAGAGAUAAAUUAUCCUUUCAGACAUGCUUCAUGAAUUGUUUCAAAUGCCCCCAAAAGUUGUUUUUUCUUUUUUCUUUUUUUUCUUUUUUUUUUUUUUUUUUUUUUUUUUUUUUUUGCCAUCUGAAGGAUGCUCAGGAGUUACUCCUGGCUCUGCAUUUAGGAAUUUAUCUUGGGAAUCCUCAGGGAACCAUAUGAAGUACCAAGGUUUGAACCCGGGUUGGCUGCAUGCAAGGCAAGUGCCCUUCCUGUUGUUCUAUUACUCUGGGCCUUUUUAUUUUUUAGCAUUGCACUAUAGCACUGUCAACCCGUUGCUCAUCGAUUUGCUCGAACAGGCACCAGUAACAUCUCUAUUGUGAGACUUGUUACUGUUUUUGGCAUAUCGAAUACGCCACGGGUACCUUGCCAGGCUCUGCUGUGUGGGUGGGAUACUCUCGGUAGCCUGCCGGUCUCUCUGAGAGGGACAGAGGAAUCGAACCCAGGUCAGCUUUGUGCAAAGCAAAACACCCUAUUUGCUGGGCUAUCGCUCCAGCCACAAAAUAAUUUUAAGUAUUAGAAACAAAACAUAAUAAAAAUAAAUUUAGAUACUGUUAUGUUGCCUUGCCUUGCAAGAUAUGGGGUGUAAAAAAAUAUUUUCUGCUGUUACACUGAGUGCUGUGGGGGUGGAAAUUUUUUUUACAGAAAGAAAAAGCUAAUAGAUGAAAAGUAAUAUUCUAUCAGUAGAAACUCGAUGCCCUCAGCUAAAUGAUUUGACAGAGACUCAUUUGAAGAGCAAUUAAUAUUUCCAAAUAUUCUUCAAAAUGUUUGUCUUUAAAAUAUACAAGUCCCUGACUUCUCCUUCGAGUUUGUUUUCUCCCUUGAACAUGUCUUUCGCUUACUUGUCUCUGUUUCUUUGCCAUCCUAUUUUUGCUCUGGAGAAGCCUGUAUUUUAAACACUGUUUUUUCUCUCCUCUCAUCUUUCUAAAUAAGUUUCAAUAAAAACAGUCUUACCAAAAAUAAGAGAAAUAAAAGUGAAAUAUACAAGUUUUUAAUUAUACUGCUGAAUCAAAUAUGGAUGCCAAAAAUCAAACAUGGUUGUUUUUCUCUCCUCUUAAUAAAUAUUGGCUUUAGUAAUACUGAUGGGUAAAUGUGAAUAAAUUUUAGAUGACAUAUACACUCUUAUUGUGUUAUAAAAAUAGGGAAAAAAGCUACAGUGCCAGAUAAUCAUGCAUGUUUGUUUAAAAAAUCAAAUGCAUUUUAAAGGUAAAACCAAACUGGUAAAACCAAAGCUUUUAUUAGUUUUGCAAAAUGAUUUAGAUUAAAUUUUAUAAAUAACAUCA